CACAUGAAGCUGCAAAUGCUGGGCUCCAUUUUGGCACUUUUCUCAAUUAUCUCCGUAGCGAUGGCGGCCAACAAGGAGCGUACUUUCAUCAUGGUCAAGCCCGAUGGCGUCCAGCGUGGACUCGUCGGCAAGAUCAUCGAGCGCUUCGAGCAGAAGGGCUUCAAGCUGGUCGCCCUGAAGUUCACCUGGGCCUCCAAGGAGCUGCUGGAGAAGCACUACGCCGACCUGUCGGCCCGCCCCUUCUUCCCCGGACUCGUCAACUACAUGAACUCCGGCCCCGUGGUGCCCAUGGUCUGGGAGGGCCUCAAUGUGGUCAAGACCGGUCGCCAGAUGCUCGGCGCCACCAACCCCGCCGACUCGCUGCCAGGCACCAUCCGUGGCGAUUUCUGCAUCCAGGUCGGACGCAACAUCAUCCACGGCUCCGAUGCCGUCGAGUCCGCCGAGAAGGAGAUCGCUCUGUGGUUCAAUGAGAAGGAGCUGGUCACCUGGACCCCGGCUGCCGUCGAUUGGGUCUACGAAUAAGCGGUUGGAAUUCACCGUCUGUGCGUGGUUGACUCCGCACUUGCCCCUCAUUUAAGCUA